UAACCUGAGAUCAACGUGACAUUUUCGAUCUUACUAUUGUUCAUCUAAUUAGAAAAUUAUAAGAAUUCUGAACCCAUCGCAAGAUUCAAACCGCACCUUUUUGCUGCUUCUUGACUCUUCUAUUCUUCAUGGCAAUGCAAAGCAGCCAUGAUUAAGUCAAAGGCCUUUCUCCAGGGCCUCAUCAAAGCCUUUGUUCCAAAGAACAGUAGAGGGCAAAAAGAAGAGGAUUUGGAGAAGAUUGCAGCACAAGAACAAAAGCAAUUCCAGUUUCAAGUUCUUGUUGCUGCUACCAAGAAUUUCCAUCGUAGUAAUAAGCUUGGUGAAGGUGGCUUUGGCCCUGUUUACAAGGGGAAAUUGGAUGAUGGGAGGGAAAUAGCUGUGAAGAAGCUGUCACAGAGUUCUAGGCAAGGGAAGAAAGAGUUCAUGAAUGAGGCCAAGUUGUUGGCUCGAGUCCAGCACAGAAAUGUGGUGAAUUUGUUAGGAUAUUGUGCUCAUGGUCCUGAAAAGCUGCUUGUUUAUGAGUUUGUAGCGAAUGAAAGCCUUGACAAGCUUCUCUUUAUAGAGUCUAGUGGACGAGAUGCACUGGAUUGGAACAGGAGGCAUGACAUCAUACUGGGUGUGGCCAAGGGUCUUCUAUACCUUCAUGAAGAUGCACAUAGUUGCAUCAUCCAUCGUGACAUAAAAGCUAGCAAUAUCCUACUGGAUGAUAAAUAUUUGCCCAAAAUUGCUGAUUUUGGUUUGGCCCGUCUGUUCAACGAAGAUGGCACGCAUGUUAACACCCGUGCAGCUGGAACCAAUGGUUACAUGGCACCAGAGUAUGUCAUGCACGGAAAUCUAUCUAUAAAGGCAGAUGUAUAUAGUUUUGGGGUUGUAAUUCUGGAGCUGAUAAGUGGUCAGAAGAAUUCUACCUUCAACAGAGAUACCGAGUCCACGAGCCUUCUCGAAUGGGCCUACAAGCUUUACAAGAAAGGCAAGCACUUGGAAAUUGUGGAUCCAUCAUUGGUAACAUCAGCGAAUCCUGAUCAGAUAUCAGUUUGCAUACAGAUUGGGUUGCUCUGCGUUCAAUCUGAUCCACGUUUACGGCCAGACAUGCGUCGUGUUGUGGUGAUGCUGUCAAGAAAGCCAGGCACUCUGGAAGAGCCAACAAGACCUGGAUACCCUGGUUCCAGGUACAGGAAGUCUCACAAGUCUCUUGCUGUAUCAUCCGCUACAGGAACUUCUGGUGCCUCCAACUCUCAUUCGUUUACCUCCACAACCAAAACAAACAGCGUAACUGCGACGACAACCACAUCAGCAUUAACGAAUCCAAGAUCAGAUCGAAAAGGAAAACGUCCCAUGCACUAUUCCACUUGAUUCAGAGAAGAUUUUGCUAAUUCUUUUGUGCAUAAUAGGUCUGUGUGAUUAUUUUUUCAAUUCAUUAGUCGAUAGAAGCUCAUGUUUAGAUGGAAAUAGAGUUGUGUAAGGUAAAUGAUAAUAGAACAGAGUCAAAUCAUAUUGCUAGAGAUAUGGUAAAAAACUUGGCUGCAUGCCAUUGUACUUGAGCUCGAGUUUUUUGCACAUUGUGUUGUAGCAGGAAGAUUAGAAAGAUUUUGGGAGCUUUUAUAACAAGCAUGCCUUGGCCCUCUUCUUCAGCA